CCCAUGCCAAGAAGAUAAGACCAUGUUUAUCCCUGAUCCUUAGUGGGAUCCUUAGGCCAAAAAAGUGAAUUAAUUAAAUGAAAAGAAAAGAAAAGGUAGAUUAUCGAUCCUUAAAAUGGGAUUUGUGUGACCAAUUUUAAGACACGUGUCAGGCUAUGAGCCAAAGUUAUUUUUUUUUGUAUUUUCUUUUUUUGUCUCACGUUCUUCUCGUGCUCUUCGUCACAAAAGAAGGAGAGAAGCGGUGAACGAUGAACCCCGCGACCGAGCCUCCACCACCGAUCCUCCGUCUUCGUUGUGUCUGGUCGUCUUCUCCGUCAGAGAGGAAGGAUCGGAACCCACCACUGAUCGAAACCCACCACUGAUCGAAACCCACCACCGAUGGAAACCCACCACCAAGGACGAUGACUCUCGCGCUCCACACGGUGUCUCCUCCGUCUGCUCUCGUCAUCUCCUUCAGUAGAAGGAUCGAAACCCACCACGAUCGUUCGUCUUCCCUUGUUUCGAUCCUCCGUCUGCGAGACACAUGGCGUCUCCUACGUCUUCUCUCGGUCCUGACGGUGUUUCCUUCGUCGCUUCUCGUCUUCGCCGGCAGAAGGACCAUGCAAGAUCAGUCAGACGACGAGUGUCUGGGUCGUCACGGCGUCUCCGCCGUCGGUCUUUCAGCUCUGGCUCAUGAUCUCUUCAAUUUGGAGAUCACUUCCCAAGGUUGAGGGCGAUGUGAGCAGGUGCUUUGAGCUCCCCACAGUCAACCACUUCUUGAGACUGUCGGUCAGUUUGCAAAACUUUACCCCAGUUUCAUUUGUUUUCUUAAUUGAUGUCGUAUGCAUAGGUGUUAGGUUAAUAAAUGCUUGUUAGGUUGUGGUUAGUGCAAUGCGUGUGAUGAAUGGUUCUGAUGAUCGGUUGUGUUGAAUGCUUGUUUUAUUGUUUUGUAUGCGAUCGUUUUGUAUGUUUGUGACAAGAUGGGUUUAUAUGUUGGUCACGAGAUGGUUUUGUCACAAGCACGUUUUGUAUGUUUGUGUCGAGAUCGUUUUGGUAAUGCAAGUCUCUCUUACUCUAUAUAAACUCAUUGAAGUCACAAGUUUUAAACACAACUCUCGAGCACUUCUUCUCUCUUGCUUCUUUCUCUCCUUCUCACCAAGUUUCAAUCUACUUGAUCACAAGGCUCAUACACUCCUUUUCUCAUUUUCUCAUUAUCUAAUUGUCUUUAAAAUACUUAUCUUAUUUUUAAUCACAAACUCUUCAUCUCGCAA